UCAGUUAGCACUAAAUUGACAAUUAAACCCAACUCACUCAACGGUCGCAAUUAUAUUCGUGACACUCCAACCAUAUCCCGACACGUCAACAUUACAAUCUCCAUCGUGAAACACUCUUCCUGUCACCCAACACUCAUUCUUUAUCCUGAAAAAUGUAAAAUUAGAAACAGGCACUGAGUUAGUAGCAGCGAACUCUUCUUGCUCUUCUUCUAAACGGAGAAGAAAAAAGAAGGCAAAUGAAAUCCUAACUUCCUCUUUGGUUUUCUUCUUUAUUUACAAUCAUGCCUUCACGGUUUUCGCCACCAGAAAUUGAGGUGGAGACGCCACAGCAGCAACAGCGUCACCACCACAGAAACUCUCACCUCCUACCCCCAGUACUCGCUGCUGCCAUAACUAUAACUAUAAUCCUUUUAACCGUCUUAACCAUCUUCAUCUACCGGAAGCUCUCUCGCAACCGCACUGCUCCAUCGGAAUCUCCAAGCCACCGUCACUGCCGCCGCUUCUCAUACUCCCUGCUCCGUCGAGCCACUUCCUCUUUUUCCCCUGCCAACCGGUUAGGACACGGCGGAUUCGGCUCGGUUUACAAAGGAACUCUCCCUUCAUCAUCUCAACCACUCGCAAUCAAGGUUAUGAACUCAACAGAUUCAUUGCAAGGAGAGCGUGAAUUCCACAACGAACUUUCUCUCUCACGCGCCUUGGAUUCUCCCUACAUUGUUCCUCUCAUUGGGUUCUCUUCAGAUUCUAGAAGACGAAGGUUCCUUUUGGUUUACGAACUGAUGGAAAAUCGGAGCGUGCAAGACGCGUUGUUGGAUAGGAAAUGCGAAGAUCUAAUGGGGUGGAGUAGAAGAUUUUUUGUUAUAAAUGAUGUGGCUAAAGGGCUUGAGUAUCUGCAUCAUUUUUGUGAUCCACCGGUUAUUCAUGGAGAUAUUAAGCCAAGUAAUAUUCUUUUGGAUGGAGAAUUCAAGGCCAAGAUUGGUGAUUUUGGACUUGCUAGAUUGAAAACGGAGGAUCUAAUUGAAGGUCUUGAAGAAGGUGAAGUUUUGAGGAAAAAAGAUGUCAGUGGAGAAGAUAACGGAUCGAUUUUAGAAGAAACAGAGAGUGUUUUGACUGGGUUUGAAGAAGGGGCGAGUUUGAUUGUUGCUGACAGGUCACCAGAGAGCUGUGUGCUCAAAGUUUUGGAUUCGGAGCCGUCGCCAGGUGUGUCAGUGUCACCGGAGAUGGGAGUGGAAAAAGGGAGUGUUUUGUCUGAAGGGUUCUUUGAUAAGAUUAGUGUGGAAAGUGGGAGAGAUUUGGUUAGUAAUAAAAAGGGUGGUUCGAGAAGAGAUUGGUGGUGGAAGCAGGAUCCUGGAGGUGGGUCUGAAUCAGGGAGAGUUAAAGACUAUGUUAUGGAAUGGAUUGGGAAUGAGAUUAAAAAAGAAAGACCCAAAAGUGAAUGGUUUGCUUCUCCAUGCUCAGUUGAUAACAUUAAUGACAGUAAGGGUUCGACUUUGGAUGUUGAGCAGAAGAAGGAAAAGACUCGGAAGAAGGAGAGGAAUAGGAAGCCGAGAGAGUGGUGGAAAGAAGAAUUUUGUGAAGAACUAACUAAGAAGAAGAAAAAAAAGAAAAGAGGACUUAGUUCGAAUGAUAAUGGAGAAUUCUGGUGGCAAAGAGAUGAAGAAAUGAUAGAAAGGAAAAAGAAGAAGAGUAGUAGAGGCAGCAUUGAUUGGUGGUUAGAAGGAUUUAGUGGUGAAUUCAAAAUUGGCAGAAGAAAUAGCCAAGAUUGGGCAAGUGGGGAUAUACCAAAGAGCGGUGGGAUCAGUAGUACUCCGAGCAUGAGAGGAACAGUUUGUUAUAUUGCGCCUGAGUAUGGUGGUGGUGGUUUACUUUCAGAGAAAUGUGAUGUUUAUAGCUUUGGGGUGUUGGUUUUGGUUAUAAUAUCUGGCCGUAGGCCUCUCCAAGUGACUGCCUCGCCAAUGUCUGAAUUUGAGAGAGCAAAUUUGAUUUCUUGGGCAAGGCAGCUGGCUUACAACGGGAGGCUUUUGGAACUUGUUGAUCCCUCUAUUCAUUCACUGGAUAAGGAUCAAGCAUUGCUUUGUAUUACCAUUGCAUUGCUUUGUCUGCAAAGAUCACCAAGCAAGCGGCCUACCAUGAAAGAGAUUGUGGAGAUACUUUCUGGUGAGGCUGAGCCACCACAUUUGCCUUUCGAAUUUUCGCCUUCGCCACCACCGAAUUUCCUGUUUAAGUCCCGGAAGAAGGCUGGGUGAGUGGUUGGAUUUCUGAUACUAGCAUUUUGAUUAACUGUAGAGUGUGUACCUAGUUGUAGGUCAUUUUAUUACUACUUGCUUAUGUAGAAAUAGUUGCAAAAUGGAGAAAAAAAGUUGCUCACAUUAUCUCGUUAAGACGUCUCUUUUUGCUUGUUUUGUUUUUCAUUUUGCUUAUUCUUUUCUGUGUUUGCUUGAGUCUACAGGUGCUCCUUUAACG